AUGGGCGGAGUCUUCACUCGACUGCUGCAGACAGUGUCGUGGAAGCAGAAGAUAGGCGUCUUGAUGACGGGAGACGCUGAGUCAGGAAAGACGACCAUACUGUACCAUUGGGUCUCUGGAACCUGCGUCACAACGUCGCACACUGUUGGAUCGAAUAUGGAGACGCUUGAACGUGGCGACAUCACUUUCACUUUCUUCGACGUUGGAGGAGAACAGAGGAGCCGGCCAGUGUUCCAGAAAACCCUUUGCACGAACCUGGUAAAAUAUAAGAAGAAAGGCAUUGUUUUCGUGAUUGAUAGCUGCGACCGCCAAUGGAUCAAGGAAGCCAAGGAUCUGCUGAAGGACUUGUUGGAGUCGGACGUACUACAAAAUGUGCCUCUGCUGGUAUACGCCAACAAGCAAGAUCGUUCCGACGCCAUGUCGGUGGAGGACAUCACUGAAGCGUUCGAGCUCGAUUCGAUCAAAGGGAGGCCGCUCUUGGUGCAGGGCUGCUGCGCCCUGACAGGGAGCGGUAUCGAAGGAGGGCUCGCCUGGCUGGCAGAUCCAAACUCAUCGCAAGACUUCAAGGGGCUCGAUCCGAAAGACGCAGACCAGGGGGAGCAGAUGUGCUGA